GGAGGGGCAGUAGACUAAAAGCGACUGCUCGUUUCUACGUUGAGCAAGACGGUCGGGCGUAAAGGCUUCAACACUGCAACCGGAGGACAGCGUGCUCAUGUUUUGUUUAGCUGCAUCGCACUGGACCAAUCACGUGCAACGUUACUUUAGGUCAACAGCUCCUAGCGCGUCACUGACUGAUUCAGAAAUCACGGUGUUGGUCUGCGUAAAGUGUAUCUCGUGAUUAUUGUUGAAGCAAACCUUUUCCUUGUGUUUAAUUUACAUAGCCGACAGUGCGGACUAUCCGUCCGCCAUUAGGAAUAGAACUAAAACAGGGAGGAACGACACAUUUUGGAUUCCAAUUGUUACCCUAUACAUGAAUCGGUGCUCUUUAUCCUCUCACACAUUUGGACCCAGAUCAUUAGCGGGUGGGUCUCCAUCUCUAGUUGUUUACGUCUCUGAUCAUGUCGGAGAGAAGUGGCGAGGAUAAUUUACAGGGCUCCUGGGUGGAGCUGCACUUCAACGGCAGCCCUGCAGGGGACGCCGCAACACAACCAUCCAACAGCCAGGAGGCAGAGAAGGAGGAUGCUCCAGAGUCUACCCAGGGAGAUGAGCUCAUCGCCGGGUCUGCUGAAACAGAUGAGAGGGUCCCUAGUUCGCCCCUGGAUGGGGAGCCAGCAUCUGGGUCUAUCCUGACACUGGACAGGGACAACGAUUCUGGGUCUAUCCAGGGAGGAGAGCAGGUUCCAGGGUUGGACCAGGCUGAUACCCAGGCUGGUACCCAGGCUGCUAGCCAGGGUCUGGACCUGGAGAAGAUGUUGCUGGAAGCCCAGCACGAGUCUGGCCGGAGCAGCUCCAGGGGCAGUGUGCCGUGUGACAGUCCACCAAGAUCCCAGACUCCUUUGCACCUGCGUCGUGGCUCUGAGGUGCCUAGUUCUGCUGAGAAAAAUAGCUCACAGUCUGAGGAAGACUACUUGGACCGAAGGCGUGAGGUGGAGAAUCUGAUGAAGAAGAACGCAGACUGGAUCUGGGAUUGGUCCAGCCGACCAGAGAAUCUCCCACCCAAAGAGUUCCUGUUGAAGCAUCCUAAACGUGCCACGCCCCUGAGCAUCAGGAACACGCGUGUGAUGAAGAAAGGAGGGAUCUUCUCAGCAGACUUUGUCAAGGUCUUCCUGCCCUCCCUGCUCCUGUCUCACGUCCUCGCCAUCGGCCUGGGGGUGUACAUUGGCAGGCGACUGUCCCCUCCCUCCAGCUCCUUCUGAAUCUGAUACUGAUGGGAGGAACCGUCGUGGUCACCUUCCUCACCACCGUCAUCAUCAUCACCGCUGCUGGGCUCCAAGUGAUGCUUCCUAGAUGCAUAGGUGCUUCCGUCCUGUGACCUGUUUCUGUCCUGCUGGGAUUGUUCCUACUGUCUGCUGCUGUCCAUCACUGUCUGACUGGUUUACCAUCUGGCUCACUGACUGACUAUUUUACCAUCUGACCUACAGACUGACAAUCUGGCUCACUGACUGACUGGUUUACUGACUGACUAGUUUACCAUCUGACCUGCUGAUUGACAAUCUGGCUUACUGACUGACUGGUUUACUGACUCAUUGUCUGGCAUGCUGGCUGACUGGUUUAUCGUUUGACUGGGGCUCAGGUCUCAGGUGUGUGAGAUGGAAGAGGAAAUGAGGGAAACAUGAGACAAGUGCAUGAUGGGAUGUGAGUUGGUUCUGCCAGUGAGGUGGGAUGGAGAACGGUGUCCGGGAGUUGAGGAGGGAGCUGGGCUGAAGCCAAGACCCGAAGAGCCUUAUCCGUUUCAGAGUGGAAAGCUCAAAACAGCUGCAGAACCACAAAUGUGUCGGAGGACGUCAUUAAUAUAUACACCGUAUGUGUACCGUUAUGUAUUCUGUAUCUGUAGAUAAUGUUGAAUGAGCCCUCGAGGAUGCACACAAGAGCGGGGGGGGAAAGAGAGGGGGGAGAGAGAGAGGUUAAGACUGAUGGUAGCUGCUGUCUACUCUCCUUGCAUGUCAACUGGUCUUCUAUAAACACAUCAGCGCAUCACAAGUGGUUGGAUUUGAAAAACGUGGUUUUGUACAAAUAAAAGGCAUUUUAAUGUGAUGAAUAAACUUUGUGAAAGUAUCCUCGCGUCAGGUCUUUGUCCAGGGCUACACACCCCCACACGGAAGCCCGAAUAGAGAAACGACACCUCCUCAUGUCGUUUUUGUUACUUUUAUUAAGUGGUUGACACCAGACGGUGCGGUUAUAUAGAUACAGUCAGUGAGUAAAUGUUAUUAUGCAUGAGAAAAAAGGAGAAAAAAAAAGAAAAAAAGAACCAACUGUCCACUGGUCAGACCGGUUGUAAGUGCUGAGAAGACCAGACAGGGGGCGCCAGAGGCCACCUCGCCAAGCCACGGGAGGAAUGUUAUCAGGCAUCAUCGUCGUCGUCAUCAUCAUCGCCAUCUGCUGCUGCUCUUCACAGGCCCAGGCUUCACAUUCUGGAGGAGAGCCCUCUCACCUGCCGCACCCAGGUUCCAUCAUUUUGGUCGUCAAAUCAUCGAGAAAAACAAAUAAACAAAACAAAACAAACAAACAAAAAAAG